GCAUUCACUUUCAGAGCCUCCGGGUAGCGCGGAUCCGCUGCGAUCUCAGUCAACCAAGAGACGCCGUCUCGCGUGGAUCAACAGGUGUUCUUGCUCGUGCAAAAAGCGAUCAUCAGCAUGGGGACCGCGCACGUUUGCAGUAUAGCGGCCAUGCUCGUCGUCCUCCUCGUCACAGCGGAAGCAGGCGACAUGAUGCGUAAGAGCAUCGUCUUCGACAAAAACACCCCAGACGUGUUCUACUGCCCGCAGCAGAAGCCAACGGGUUUCAAGAAGAUGAUCGUAAACGCGAAACCGUUAUCCAAGCUGUGCCAAUUCGAGGGGAAACCGAUACCUCCAGAUUACAAAAGCGAUUGUUACAACGACGUGGACGAAACGGAGUACGCCUGCAAAGAGAAAUACAGAAUUAUGAAGCGAUUCAGAAACGCGGAAGGGAAUGAGAAAGCUGCGGAUGACUUCGUCAAGAAAUAGAUGAGAAUCAGUGCUGCACGGCCGAAACUGCGUGUGCCAAUUUUGCAAUGCGCGAUUAAUGCUCAAGCUUGCAUCCCACAGUCUCAUAAUUGUAAAGCACUUUUUUUUUUUUUUUUUUUUGAAAGUUGAAGUAGACUGUCCACUGCUAUUCGCCUGAACGGUUGGAUGAAUCCUGAAAAUAGAAAAUUAUAUUAGUUCCACGAUCACUUAGUUAACAUUUGCAAGAUAAUUAAGGUGAAAAGCAUCGGUAGCAAACAGCUUUACACUGGUGACUACUGGUACGAUUACCUUAGUCUGUAAUAGUACAAAGCAUUUAAUUUAUAUUAUUAUCGUUACUUUACUGUAUGUAAAAUUCUGGUAGGAUUGGACGUUAAAAGAUAUUCUCAGACUGUUCCUUUUAAUGUUGAAAUAUUAGAAUUAGAAGGACUAAACUGUACCGGUGCUCUGUACUUUCCGAGCUUGGUGGGUGUUCUGUAUUUUUGACAAUAACAUUAAUAAAACUAACAAUAACGGAGUUGGGCAAAUUGAUCAUUAAUCCGCCAUACGAUGCCUUCAAAAGCUGCUUCGAGAGAUCAGAAACUAGUUUUACGCGAUAUUACGUAAUUCCUGAUAUUUUUAUAACCGUUUUGCUCACUAACUUUGCAUUAUUCAUUACGUCGUGAACGGUUGAUUUCAUUUGAUACUUUUGUACACGUGAAUGCUAGCUUGUUUCACAAACUAAGAAUAAAAUUUCGCUGCAUUAAUACAAAUUGUUUCAUCAUUUACUUCAAAGAAAUUCAUUUGUUUUAAGUUGACCUUAGUUUACAAUGUUGAAGCUCUUUUAUGUUUCUAAAUAUAAAAAUAAAAUUCAAGAAAUUAUAAGAUCUAUAUAUUAUUACUCAAAGUAAAAUUCAGAACCUUGAAUCGUGAAGUGAAUCAGAAGACUGCAUCAGAGAUGUGUACACUGGGACGAGACUACAUCCGCCAGGAAGUGUAACACCUUACAAUGGAGCACGUCUGUCAAGGUUUCUUACUUUUGAUAGCGAUCUGUAUAAGAAUAAAAAUCAGAUUUAAAAUGUUAGGCGAUGAGAACAAUCUUCCAUACGUAUCUCUCUUAUUGACAAAUUGUCGACGAUUAUUUUAGAAUAUCAUUUUUACGUCGUAACUUCCCGAGAGAGUAUCUUAACGGAACAAGUUCGAAUAAUCAAGCUUUUGUUGCCAUUAAUCCAUCGAUAAAUUGAUGUCCUCAACUUUCGUAACAUUUCAAACUCUUCGAUCGAUUUUUGUCUUAUUGAUAAAUUUGUAUAAUAUGUUGGCAAUGUUAAUUGUAAAUAAUUCAAGUUCCUGUAACUUUCUCUCGCUUUAAAAGUCUGACUCAAUCUUAUUUAAAAGCAUGCUCGUUGUUAUUAAAGUAUUUAACGUUCCUAUUCACUGUAAAGUGUACAAAGGUUUCUUAGCAUAUUUUUGUAAUAUAUUUGUAACAUAACGCAUUGUAAAGAGAUAUAGUAAUAUAUGUGAAUAAAUAUGAUGUUUGAUUUUGUAUA